CAGUCUCUAGUGGUGGCAAACAAGACCACAUUCCAAAAUUGCUUGGUUGCAAUGCGUCCAGCAUCAACUACAGCAGAAUUACCUUUGACUCACGAUAUCACAACCUAUAUUCACAAUGCAUUCAUCAAGCUCAUUGAAAGUGUCAAGGCUGAUAUACAG